AUGUCUGAAGUAGACCAGACGCUGAAAAGAAUUGUGGGCAACAAAACAGUUGAUGGAAUUCUUGUUCUUGAUGGAAAGAAUAAAAUCACACAUGCAGCUUUGAAGCAAUACGAUCAAAACAAAGUUGCUGAGAAGCUUUCUCCUCUAAUUGAAAGAGCCCGCUGCAUGGUACGCGAUCUCGAUCCAACAAAUGACCUCACAUUCCUUCGUAUCCGCGCCGAUAACUAUGAAAUCCUUGUUUCUCCAGGCGAUGAUUAUACGUUAAUCGUCUUCCAGAAAGUUACUCCACUCGAACAAUAA